UCGGCACACUGGAAAAAAAAAAUCAAAAUUAUACAACAAGGUCACUUUCGUAAUUUCACAUCAUUCUCCCGAAUUCAUUUUCCAGAAUUUUUCCCUUCUCUGCCCGCACUCUCUCUCCACCGGUCUCUCUCAAGUCUCGCCGAUAUUCCCGACGGCGCGUGUUUUCUACGCUCUCAGCUCAGCUCGGCGGCGCGUCUUCUUCCAUCACAACGCGGUAUGAAAGCUGAAUUUGCUUCUUAAACCCCCGGUUGUUAGUUAGGGUUUAAGUACCGGAAUUUCAGUUGCGGAGAAAUCACAAUGAUUGAGAACACGAAGAAGCGGAAACGCGGAUUCAUCUCCGAAGAAGACAUCGCAAUCGUCUUGCAAAGGUAUUCUCCAACUACUGUAUUGGCAUUACUUCAAGAGCUAUCUCGAGUUGCGGAUGAAAAGUUUGAUUGGAAUGAGAUGGUGAGAAAGACCAGCACUGGUAUAUCUAAUCCGAGAGAGUACCAAAUGUUAUGGCGUCGUUUGGCCUAUAAUACAUCUUUAGUUGAAGUAUUGGACGAAGAGGUUGAACCUCUGGAUGAUGACAGUGAUCUUGAUUAUGAAAUUGAAGCUUUACCAAAUGUUACGCCAGAAGCUUCUGCUGAGGCUGUAGCAUGUGUGAAGGUACUUGCUGCUUCUGGCAUGCCAAGUAGCUCCACUGUACCAAAUGGUUCCACAGUCGAGGCUCCGUUGACUAUUAAGAUACCUAGUGGACAAGCAGCUAGAGUUUCCUCAGAAAGCUUACAUCCGUCAAGCUUUGUACGGGGGCGGACAAAUAUUACAGUUCCAGUUUCUGUCCAGAAACAGCCAACGUCUACCGAAGGGCUGGAUACUGAUGGGUUGGCUGGUGGCAACCCACCUCCUCGAAGGAGAAGGAAACCAUGGUCUGCUGCGGAGGAUUUAGAAUUAAUUGCUGCUGUAAAGAAGUGUGGCGAAGGUAAUUGGGCAAAUAUAUUGAAAGGCGACUUCAAGAGUGAACGAUCAGCUUCCCAACUAUCUCAGAGGUGGAACAUUAUUAGAAAGCGGAAGGGCAAUUCUAAUUUAGGAAGGAAUUCACAACUCUCUGAGGCGCAGCUUGCAGCUCGCCGGGCAGUGUCUUUAGCCCUUAAUAUGCCUAUGACAGAUAAGCUGAAGGCAUCUUUCUCCUCUGGUUCAACGAGUUUAGCUAUUAUGCCCAGCAACUCUAUCCAUUGUGAUGCUGAAACUUCUGCAGGCAUAAAGUCUGAACCUCAAUCUGAAGUUGAUUCUCUUCCAACCGUAACUCCACGGUCCAAUAUAUCUUACCCAGACUCAGUCCCAACAAUAGCACAACGAUCAGGGAUACUAGGACCUGCAGCUAAACAAGACCUUGUGAAAACUGCCACACAACAAUCCAUCGCAGCAGGGGUUUCAUCUAAAGCUCGGAUUAACUUAAAAGCUCAAUCAAUGAAGCACUCUCCUGGUCCAGAUGGUGAGCUAGUAAAAGCUGCCGCAGUAGCUGCGGGCGCUCGUAUCGCCACUCCAUCUGAUGCAGCAUCAUUGUUAAGGGCUGCACAGGCUAAGAAUGCCGUACGAAUUAUGCCUGCUGGAGGAGCGUCUGUAGGGGCUGGUAGUGGAAACUCAUUACCCAGUAAUGUGCACUACAUUCGUACUGGUCUGGCAACUACAUUUUCCACAUAUUCUACUGUGCCGCCAAGUGUCUCACGAUCUACAAGUAGUCAACACAUUCAGGGUCAUUCUGUGAAACAAGCAAUUGUGCAGGGUAUCCAGAGCCAGAGGCAUGCCAGUCCUAAACUGAAUGUAUCAUCUGAGAGAAAUAAAGCUGUCACCUCUGGCCCUGUAAUCAAGAUUGAGGCUAACAUUUUGGAAAAUGUGAUACCUAAAUCCGUGGAUGCAUCACAAAAACCUAGUCAAGAAGACGAAGACAGUGACAGAGGGUGUACAAUGAGGGAGAAAGAGCGUAACCAUUUUGGAAAUCCAGGGCAGGCCCAAAGACAAGUAGGUGAUGGUGGACCUGAAGAGAAAAUUAAAAAGGACCAAGAUUUAAUUUCCAGUGGCACACUAUUGGCGCUCACUUCGAAGGAUCUUGCAAAGCCAGUUCCAGUAUCACAUCAAUCUGAUACUGCCAACUCAAAAAGCUUGAGGGCGGAGGUAAGCGGCGAUGGUGAUUGUAUAGAUAAUAAUCAAAAAAUGGGUUUCAGUGACAAGGAAAAAUAUGUAGUAGAUGUGGAUAUCUGUGAAGAUCAUAAUGUGGGAAAGAAAAUAGAUUAACUUGUUCCUUUGGAUACUUGUGAAUCUUAGUUUGUCAUACAAAAGUUAUGGAAAGCAUGUUUAUGGCCGGAGGUGACGGAAGAAAUCUUGUAUCAGCAAAUGAAAUGACCAUGGAAAAUAAUAUUGGAAUGUGGAUCAGUAGUUGUGGUGGAGGGUACAUCCUAUGAUGGUUAAAUCUUGCCUUCAUGUCUGUUCUUUGAAUUAUGGAUUUAGUUUGUUUAUUGAUAAUGGAUUUUAAUGCUUAGACAUUUGUGAAGAUUGCAGGAUGUUUCUUUGUCAUAAUUUUUUGUUAGAACUUGUAAAUGACUAGGAUAGGCCAAGUGGUUAUUGGCAAAUGGGCAAAAUGGGUUUGCAUCUGAUGUAAGCGAGUAUGAAAUAUGGAAUGGUUUGGCUUA